GUGGGCGGUUACAAAAAAGUCACAUGUGGCACUUUGGGGUUAGCAUCAGCUGUUUUUUUGAACGAUGUGAACAAUUUCCUACAGUAACGGGAAGCAGUAGUGGAUAAAAAAUGAACAAAAUUGUGUUUUUAUUUUUAUUUAUGUUUAGUUGCUACGAAAUUUCUCUUUCUUCUGAAUUAAAGCAACCUACUAUCGUGAUUGCCAUUCUAAUAAGGAACAAAGCCCAUACACUGCCCUAUUUUCUUUCGCUUAUAGAAAACAUUAACUACCCCAAAAGUCGCAUCUCUCUGUGGUUGAGAAGUGACCACAACAUUGACAAAUCCAUAGAGAUCCUUAACUUAUGGCUUGAAAACGUUUACGAACAGUAUCAUUCGGUUAACACCAAAUUUUCCGAAGACAAGAGAUUCGAUGACGAAACGGGAUUCGCACAUUGGUCCACCUCACGCUUUAAACAUGUCAUGUCAAUGAGAGAAGAAGCGUUAAACUACGCUCGAAAUGUGUGGGCCAAUUAUAUACUUAUGAUCGACGCUGAUGCAUUCUUAAUUGAUCCGGAUGUUUUAAACUCUCUAAUUUCGAAAGACCUCACUGUGGUUUCGCCAGUUUUAAAAUCGGUGGGAUUAUAUUCGAAUUUCUGGGCGGCAAUGAGCAGUGAUUACUAUUACAAUCGAUCAGACGACUAUGAACCAAUACUCUAUCGUCAAAAGGAGGGCUGUUUCAUUGUCCCAAUGGUACACUCUUCUGUUUUAAUAAACUUAAUGAAAGAAGAAUCGGACCAUCUCACUUAUGAUCCCGGAAAAGUACCUAACUACGAUGGGCCAGUCGAUGACAUUAUUGUUUUUGCACUAUCCGCAAAUAAAUCAGGUGUUAGCUUGAAUGUGUGUAACAAUAAGGUGUUCGGUUUUAUAAUGGUGCCACUUGAACAAGACGAUGACUUAGAAUAUGACUACUUACAAUUAACUAAUUUAAAGUUAGAAGUGCUAGUGGAAAAUGAGCCAUUGAGAGUGAAUCAGUUAUUCGAGCCCUAUAUUAGUUUACCUAAAAAA